AUGGAGGAGGAAGCAGCCGGCCUGGAGGCCGGUGAAUAUUAUGGAGAUACAGCGACCAAGACUGCGGUCAUUUCCAUGUUCAACCGCCGGACUGCGUCUGAAGGAUGUCGACAGCUCGGUUGCAUGCUGCGUAGCGACAAGAUCCGGAGGAAUUUCCCGAGCCUGAAGUCACGAGUUGAGUUCUUAGGGUACGAUGCGCCGUCUGAAGUCCAUCUGGAGCUAAAUAACGGAAAGAAAUUUAGACUACUCGCCGACGGCUUUUCCCUUCAAGAGCUGCACAUGCGCAUAGACCGUGAACAGUAUCAGCUACAUGUGGAGCACAUCAAGGAGCACGCUGCAGACGCCGUAGCUGAUGAAGAUGGGUAA